GCUUUAUUGAAACUGCUUAUAUCUCAAUAAAUGUGUUGUUGUUAAUCGGUUAUAAAAUAUUCCAUUUUUAAUCCUAAUGUAAAAUUAAUCAUGGAAAGUGCUUCAAAAAAUAUCGUAAAAGAAGCACUAACUGAAGAUGAAAUACAGCAGAUACCCGAAAGUUUAGUUAAGAAAAUAGAUGAAUAUUUUGAUCGUGAGUUUGGAGAAUAUUUAACGGCGAAAGCUAUUUAUGAAACCGGGCGGUCAAAAUCAGAACAACAAAUUCAGGAGCUAAACAAUCAACUAACAGAAUUUAAAGAAAAAUAUGAAUUAGAAAAAUCUAACCUAGAAGCGGCUACUCAAAAUAUUAGUCAACUAGAAAACCAAGUCGAACAAUUACGUCACGAUAUCAGUAAGUUAAAUGAAUCUAGACAACAAGCCGAACAUAAUGCUGCUGAAUUUCGGCGGCAACGUGAUGAAGCCGUUGACGAACGCGAUAGUAUGCAAGCAAUGCUUGAACGUCGUACAACUGAACUUGAACGUCUUCAAACAGAUUUUAAAUCACUGUCUGAACAACUACAAGCGGCAAUUACUGCAAAAUGUGAGGUUUUGGCUAAAUCAGAAGAAGUUGAAAGUAUGAAAACUAACCUGGAAUUCCGCGAAAAACGGAUGGAACAAGAAAGGGCACUACUCAAUAAUCAAAUACAAAAUUUGACUGAAGAUUUAAAUAAACGUGUUAAUGAAUUAUUGCAAAUCCGCCGUGAAAAUACUACAAGGCUAAUAGCACUACAAACCGCAUUGGAUACCAAAACUGAAGAAUUAAACAGUGCAAAAGAGUCAAUUAAAACCUUGACUGAAUCAAAUAAUGAAAUGACUACAAAAUAUGAAACUCUAGUUGAACGAUAUAAAGAACAGCGUGACGCUGAGAACCGUUAUCAAGAUUCGUUUACUCAAGAAUUGCAAGCUCAAACGAAAUUAGCUCAAUUGUAUAAAGAUAUGUCUGAAGAAAAUCAAGCACAAAUUAAUCAACUUACAGAAGCAGUUUCAGAAUUACAACGAUUAUUAAAGGAACAUAAAGAACAACAAGAAAUAUUAGAAACCGAACACAAAGAAUUACAAUUGACAUACGAGGAAACAGUUACAAAGAAAAACGAAUGUAUUGAAUUGUUAAAGAAAGAAUUAGAAGAUGCGAAUGAUAUUCUUAAAUCUACACGAGAACAAAAACUAGAAAAUGUUAUUGAAAGUUUAGCACCAUCUGCAGCUGCUACAAGUCGAUUAAUUAAACCAGGAAUGUCUUUAACACAGAUUUAUUCACAAUAUGUUUCAGCAUCCGAAGAAGUUAUUAUCAAGGAUGCUGAAAUCCGACGAUUAAAUACAUAUAUUGAAGCGAUUGUAAAAGAGCUUGAUGAGAAAGCACCAGUUUUAAGAAAACAACGUGAAGACUAUGAAAUGGCUAUCGAAAAUGUAAGUGAAUUAUCAAAACAAAAUGACUUAUUAACAUCCGAAUUACAUCGUCUUCAAAAAGAAUAUGCUGAAGCUCAUAAAACAGCUUCACAUGCGUGUCGGGAAAAUGAAAGGCUGAAAUCUGAACGAGGUGACUUGGGACGACAAGUAUGUUAUCUAUUAAAAGAAAUUGAAGAAUUACGUUCAGCUUCUGUAUCCAGUCAUGAUAAUGAUAUGAACACAUCUGAUUAUCACAGUUCGUCGGAUAUUAUUUCAAAACGUUUGGUUACUUUCUCAAAUAUCGAAGAGCUACAAGCAACAAAUGAAAAAUUACUUGCAUUAGUACGUGAAUUAAGUAGUAAGCAAGAAGAAGCUGAAGGUGUAACUCCAGCUGAAGUUGCUGAAUUACGUAAUAAAUUAACAGAAAUGCGUGAAAAUCAAGCGGAUUUAUUACAAAAUCAAGAACGACAAACGAAAAUGUUAAGUGCGUUAAUUCGACAACGUGAUUCAUACAAGAAAAUGUAUCAAAAUGCAAUGAAAAUGCCAGUUGAUGAUUUGGAUGAAAGUGUGAACUUAGAAGAAAUGGAAGUAGUCGAAUCAGUUCAAAAAUCAACACCAAAAAAAGUUUCGGAACAGGUACAACAACCGAUAGUACAACAAAUUGAUGUCUCCAAAUAUACAAAUGAAAUUGAAGAAUUGAAGAAAAAAUUGGAAGAUAGUGAAAAACUAUUAAGAACAUUACAACAAGAAUAUGAAAAUUAUCAAAAAGAAAAGUCAACAAAUGAAACGAUGGUUAGUGAACAAUUAGAUGCACUUCGUACAGAAAAUCGUAAUAUAAUUCAAGCUAAUUGUAAGUUAAAUGCAGUUAUCGAAUACAAAGAUGAACAAAUUAAAAUAUCGAAAUCAAAUAUUGAUAUUCUUCGAAAACAAAUUGCAAGUCUAGAAAAGAAAAAUAAUACUUACAGUAAUAUAAUAACAAAACACGAACAAUCUAGCAAGCAUCUAACGGACGAAGUAUUAAAUGCACAAAGUAAAUUAUCACGCGCUGAAGUUUUACUUGAUAAUAUUCGACAGGAAAAUAAACUUCUUAAAGAUUCUGAAAGUCGUUUGUUACGUGAACGAGACGCUCUACAACGUGAAGCUCAUGGUCAAAGUUUACUCUUAAAUAACUUGGAAUCGAUCAAAGCAAGUUUUGAACGAAGUGAAGCUGAAGGUAAAAUUCGUCUUGAACAACGUCUUGAUGAAACAUCGCGUGAAUGUUCUGCAUUACGUCGCCGAUUACAAGAGGAACAAGAUCGUUUUAGAGAAUAUAGUACUGUUUUGGAACGUCAAACUCAGGCUGCUAAAGAUCGUAUGGAAGAAGAAAAAGGUCAAGCUGAUAAAUUACGUAAAGAAUUAACUAGUUUACGUGAAGAAUUACAAGAAAAAUUGAAUUUAAUCGAUGAACUUAAUAAGAAAAUGAAACAUAACAUCAUUCAUGAUAGUAAUCCAUUACAUGAACAAAUACGAGGCUUAGAACGUGAAGUUGGCGAUGCCAAAUCGGAAAUACAAGCAUUACAGCAACAAUUGAAAUCGGCGAAAUUACAAGCAGAACAAUAUUGUAAUGUAUCUGAAAAUGCUGAAAAAGAAUUACGUGAACUUAAUGAAACAUAUCAACAAUACAAAACAGACAUGGAAACUAGAUUACAAGCUCAAUCGAAAACAGAAGAUGAAUUGCGGCGUAAAAUUGCACAUUAUGAACAAGAAUUAAACCGACAUACAGUUGGACACCGUGAUACCGCAAAUGAUCUACGAAAUCAAUUGAUGAAAACUAAAGAUGAAUUGAGUUCAACUAAUGAAGAAUUACAGAACCUUAAGGUCGAAUUAGAAGUAUCGAAAUUAGAAAUAAUUCGAUUAAAUGAAUGCAUACAAGAGACUGAAGAUAAAUAUGCACGAGAAAUGAUUCAUCAUUCAGCUGAUAUUCAAUCACUGGCAGCAAUCAAAGAAGAAGUAGCUAGAAUUAACAAAGAACGUAAUGAAUUAAUACAAAAUCGAGAUGAAGCAAUCAAUGCUUUAGAAGUAAGUAAAGCUAGUUGGUUAAAACAAGAGGAAGCAAUUGCGGCUGAAAAGAAAGAAAUUCAAAUACGUUUAGAAGAAGUUGAAAAACAAAAUUCAAUAUUACACAAUCAAUUAGAUGCAUUAAGUACACAAUUGUCUAUAUCACAUGCUCAACAUCCUGCAGGCCCUGGAGAUGCCGCUGCUGAUAGUUCGUCAGGAGAUAUAUCAAUGAACAAAUCAUUUAAUGAAGAUGAAAGUAAAUCUGCUGAUAAAUUAUUGCAAAUUAUAAAAUAUUUACGUCGUGAAAAAGAUGUGCUUAUUGCUAAAUUUGAUAUUUUACAAGCUGAAAAUGUACGAGUUCGAUCACAACUUGAUAUAACUAAUAAACAAUUAGAGGAAGCAAAACUUUCCGAAACAACAGCCCGUACAAAGAGCGAUGCUGAUGUUGUGACCAUUGCUAAACAUAAUGAAGUUUUACGUAAAGUUGAAACACUUAAUGCAAUUACAGAUAGUAAUCGUGUAUUACGCGAGGAACGUGAUACACUGUUAACGAAAAUAUCUGAAUUAUCAGAGCGUACAAAUCGAUUAGAAACAGAAUUAGCUCCAUUACAAGAACAAAAUCGAGAAUUAACAAUGAAAUACGAGGCAGCACUAAUUGAUAUUACAUCACUAAAAGCGGAAGCAACAAGAUGGCGUCAACGAGCAAAUACAUUGAUUGAACGAUCUAAUAAGGCAACACCGGAUGAUUGGAGACGUUUACAACAAGAACGUGAAAAUUUGACAAAACUUGUGAUGAGCCAAAAAGAAGAAGUGAAAAAGGCCACUGAAGCUAAAACAAAGGUUGAACAACAAUUAGCUGUUGUUCAAAAACAAUUAACGUUACAAAAUGAGCAAAUUAAAAAAUUAAAUGAAGAAUUGAGUAACAUUAAACAGAGUAACACAAAAUUACAACAAGAAUUUGAAGAACAAAAAAUAGCUUUAACUAAAGCUAAUGAAGAAAAUGCUAAAUUGAAUGAAGAUAUUACAAAUAAAACUAAAGAACAUAAAGCUUUAAUGUCCAAAUAUGUUAGUGUUCGAGCAUUGGCACGAAAAUAUAAGGAACAAGUUGAAGAAGAAAGUAAACAAGCUGCUGCGGCUGCUGCUGCUGCUGCAGAACCACAACCUGUGCCUCCAGAAGUCCAGGAACAAUAUCGAGAAGAAGGGCGUCGCGAAUUAACCGAACGUGUCAGUAAUAUGGAAAAAGCCCAUAAUGAUUUAGUACAAGAAUUGAAUGGUCAAGUAACAUCAACACAAGAAGAAAUGGCAAAAUUAAGAAAAGAAAAUGAGACACUAAAAUUAAAUGCCAACGCAAAAUAUGAACGAUCACAAAAUGUUUUACGUAGUGCAAAAUCAAAAAUACAGACAUUAAAUGAACAAAACGAUCAGUAUUGUAAAGAAAUCAAUGAGUUACGUAGUCGAAUUGAAAAUCAAGAUGAUUCCAAGGAUUCGCGAAUUGCAACCAUCAAGAGUCAAUAUGAAACAAAGAUUGCACGAUUAGAAAAAGAAAAAACUGAAUGUUUGAAUGAGCGUAAAGUGGAAAGUGAGAAAGCAAAACGUGAUAUUGAAGCAUUAAAUCAACAUGUUUCACAAUUGCAACGACAAAUUGGCCAAUUAGGUGGAUCAAAACCAUCAACUAGCUCUGGAUCGGUUGAAAAACCAACGUCAGUACCACCAACAGCGAAUAUUAAACCAAUGGCGGGUCAAACAUCACAAAGUGUUAGUGUUGUUCCACGACGUACUGGUGAGACACCAUUUGCCAGUAUUCGGCCAAUAUCAAUGCCACAACGUUCAGUUGCAAUGCUAUUCCCAACAAAUGUGAAUGCUAGCACAUCUGGUACUGCUGCAGUAGCUGUCCCACCACAACAACAGGUUGUUCAUACCACUGGCAACAGUUCAAUUGAAGCCCUAUCAUCCAGUCCCACAAGCUCACAUACUGAUUACAUGCCAGCUACGAGCUCUGCAAGUCCAGCAGUUCAAAGUAUACGACAAAUUGCAGUUCCACCAACUCAACAAGCAACUGUAACUAUUGGUAUGGGAAGCAGUUGUGAAGAUCCACCAUCCGCUGCUGAAUCCACUCAAGAUAUGGAAGCUGAAGCAGAUCGAGAUUCUCAACAAACAACAUCACAACAAACCCAACAGGCUGUAGCACUUGUAUUACCGCGUGUUGAACAACAAUCUGAACAUGAGCAACCACAAGCUGCUGAACAAAGUCAUUCAUCAAGUUCAAGUAGCUUGAUAGUAGCAAGUAGCCAACCAGCCAGUAGCAGCAAUACUGUUACAACAUCUCAAGCAGGUCUUAAACGUACUCGGGAGACAGAAGGUGACAGUUCUACAAGUAGUGCUCAGGAUGAACAACAAAACAAUUCUCAACCACAAGCUAAACGAACGCGAAUACAACAGGUAAUAACUGAAUCCGGCAGCACAGAAGUCGAAUAUCAAGUACCAACAAGCUCACAACGCGAUCAAGAAGACGAUGUAAUUUGUGUGGACAGUGACGAUGACGACGACGAUGAAGAAGAAGAGGAGGAGGAGGAGGGUCCUGAUGAUGGUGUGGAAGUUUUGGAUGAUCCAGACGAUGGUCCGUAUGAAGAAGGGGAAAAUGGUGAGGAAUGUUAUGAAGCUGAAGGGCUUUCUUAUGAUAAUGAUCAAGAAAUAACCGAAAGUUAUGAUGAUGCAGAAUGUCAGGCUAUGGAAGAAGAUCAAGUGCAAGAAAAUGAUAAUAAUGAAGUAGAAGUCAUCGAGGAAAAUAGAAAUGCUGAUGGCGGUGCAUCUCAAAGUACUUCAUCCACUGGCACAUCGUCUACAACAACUCUAGCACAAAAUCAAGGUGGUGCUCAAUCCGAAGCUAUUAGUAGUGCUAGUAGUGGAGAAACUGCCAGUUCUCAAGCAUCUAGUCAGCCGGCAUCUUCGAAUCAAACUACGUACGCUCUACGUGGCCGAAACAUCACUCCAUUAGCAAGACAAAAUCAAAUGAUUCUUGGGCAUGGAUUUGAAGAAUCGGGUGAUGAUGGAAUUGUGCCAUCUACACCUACGUUGUAUGUUCCUCGAAGGACUGAUGGUUUUGGAGAAGCUGUUAGUUCUCCUCAUGUUCCUAGUGGCGGACGAUUCACUUUUAAUGAUCCUCCUGCCACAACUGGUCGUAAUACUAUCAGUAAUGUAGAACAAGGUCAAACUGAACAAUCUGAAGAAUUACGAGAUCCCCUCGAAGAUACAGGCACUGGUCGAAGUGUACCAACUACACCAUUACAAGUUUCGCCACAAGGUGAUGUUCCACCUAAUGAAAACACUCUUACCGCAAAUGUUAAUAAUGAAGAAAUUAAUGCAAGUGAAUCAAAUGUUGGUGAUUCUACAAGUAGUAAUCAAGAAGCUAACGCAUUGGCAAAUAUACCAGAAAUAACAAUUUCAAAUGUGCAAACGUUAUCAGAAACAACAGUUGGAGAUACACAGACAAGUCAAGAAAAAUCAAACGAAGAGGAACAAAUGGCACCACCACAAGAUGUUGCUGGUCCUUCUGGUGAAGUCACAAAUACACUUAAUGUUGAUGCCGAGGCAGAUGAAGGCACAGAUGGCGUUAGUUCUGAAGGCGAAAAACCUAUUCCGGUUGAAGAUGCAGAGAUGGAAGAAGGGCGAGAAGCAGAAGCCAGCCAAUCACCGAGCAGUAAUACACGAGGACAACGUGUUAACAACGUGCGUUCCAGCUAUCGCAACACUCGAUCACGAGGUACACCUUCCCGACCAAUUCCUAUUAUUUGGAAUGAUCAACAAAAUCGUGAGGGUGCGUCUGGCUCACGAGGCCAAGGUGGGUUUCAAAGAGCACAAAGAGGCAGACGUAAUGUUAGACGUGCACAACAAAACAACUACAUGAGAUAUUAAAAUUAGUAGUGUACUAUCUUUUUUCUAAAUCCCAAUAUAUUUAUUAAUAUUUCUAUGUCUCGUCGUCAACCAACAAUAAUAAGAACUUUUCAUAUUUAUGAAUACGUUUCGAUAGAAAAUCGAAACAAAAAUAUAAACAAGAAAAAGAA